AUGAGAAUUGGACGAUGCCGGCUGUUUCCAUUUUCCCUCACAUAUUGGGCAAUCACUGUCGGAAUAAGAAGUGCCAAUGGAUCAGACGAUUAUCCCGAAACCUCUGAUUCAAAAUCAAAGAAGCUGGUGUUGGACUGUGAACUCGAUGAAAGUGAUUUGAUUAAUUUUCUCACGGCGCCUGCCAAAGCAGAUGACAUCGUCGUGGCACUUUUCUACGUGGAAGGUUGCCAAUCCAGUAUGCAUUUAGUUCCAACUUGGAAGGAAGCGAUUUACCAAUUACGGCAAGGUCGGCAAUCUGCUUUUUCCGACGUUCGGCUUCCCCUAGUUGCCUCUUUCUUGAUCACACCAUCAAACAAACAUUUUUUGCAGGCAAUUCCAGUCACCCAUGUCCCAAGUAUUGUAUUUUUUAGCAAAACUGGAGAUGACAAGGAUUCUGCUGCGUCUUUUAAAACUCUGGAAUACCAGGGAUCAAGAUCGUCUGGAUCGGAGAUUCUGAAUGGUCUUCGACACUACUUGCUGAGAUUUCAGCAUUCAGGAUUCCAAGCUGAUCAUCAGGCCUCACUGACGACCAAUCUGAAUUUGAAUGCAUUGGCCGUGCAAGUGGAUAGGAUUGAGGAAAUGGGACGCAUUGUUGCUAAAUUUCAGGACAGGCUAUUUCAACGAAAUAACUUGCCUUUGGAUCCUAUAAUGUCACUGGCUGAGCGAGACUGGGCACGGUACAUGCUUGACGAGAGCAGCGAUCCUGAUUUUUACCACGUAAUUUGUCAGUGUCAGGAUAGUAGAGAUCCUACAGGCGACGAUGAAGCUUUGAAUGAAGCCUAUUCGGCCUUUGAUGAGGUCGCCGGGGUCUUAUCAGUUCGCAGAGAUGUUGUCUUCUGCGUUCAACGGAAAUGUUUGAAUGAAGGAGUAAUUACGAGCUAUCAAGUGGUAGAAAACAACUGGACGCUGACAACUGAAUCGUCACUUGAUCUAAAGUCAGUGGAAACAACGGACUGGAGAACCAAAACAUCGUUCUUCUGCCAAAUGAUUUUGCGCCCUUCUCUUCUCUGGCUGGACAGACAGGCAUCGGCGCCAAUUAUUUUUUCGCCGAACAAUAGGUUACAUGCAGCUCUAUUCAUUGAUUUCCACAACCCAUGGGUCAAAGAGAAAAUGCGACAGACGGUUGUCGAAUUCCGUCGCGAGUGCAAGUCACGACGUGAACACAAUGUGGUCUGCUAUGUUGUGCCGAGUACAGACGUGCGUUUCCUUCUUCAGUUUGGAAUUGAUAUGUGGUCGCCCAUUGAUAAGAAGCUGCAUUCCCAAGAUUCGUUUCCCUCCAUUGGUGUAUUUCCGUGCCUGCUAGUUACUGACAAACGACAAGACAUGGGAAUUGAUUACCGUAUCCUAGAACAUCCCUUUGCUAGCAAUUCACUAGGGAAUUUUCUAGAUUCUAUCAUAAAGCAUGAUGGAGACUUGGAAGCACAGGAUGCACAGCACUACGUUGAAACAAGAAAGAAUAGUUUUGGAAUUCAUCUCCUUGCGGCUUCGAGCUUGCAAUCAUUCAUCGACAGUAAAGAUUGUCAUUCUAUGAUAAUUUUCUAUUCUCCCAGCUGUGGACACUGCAAGAGGCUCAAGGUUGUUUGGAAUGCACUUGGAGAACUUCUCAGUUAUACUGGUCUGGACAACAGGUUGAAACUUGGGAUGUACGAUGUAUCAAAAAAUGAACUAUACCUGCAAGGUGUAACUGUGUUGUCAGUGCCAGAGGUGUACCUAUUUAGUUUUGGCACUGAUCCAAUCAGGUACAAUACGGAAGAGGCUGGUGGAAUUAAUGAUUCCAUUGAUAUUAUUGAGUGGUGGAUUGACGUUUCUAGUGAAAACAAUUUGGAUGUAGCAAUGAGUGAAAAAGAGCUGCUGGGCUUGCUGGAGGGAGAUGAAACGCAAUGA